ACGUGACGUGGGUCAGCUGACUGCGGAGAUCUGACCUUCUGUCGCUGCGUUUCACUGCUCCUCGGCUCUCGGUUCUGUUUCGGUUCUGUCCGGUUCUGUUUCGGUUCUAAGCGUUGAUCCACCGCGGUCCCGGUCUCAAAAUGGCGUCUCAGUCCCAGGGCAUCCAGCAGCUGCUCCAGGCGGAGAAGAGAGCGGCCGAGAAGGUGGCGGAGGCCCGAAAGAGGAAGAACCGUCGUCUGAAACAAGCCAAAGAAGAAGCUCAGGCCGAGAUCGAACAGUACAGACUCCAGAGAGAGAAAGAGUUCAAGACCAAAGAGGCCGCCGCGCUGGGUUCUCACGGGAACAGCGCGGUGGAGGUGGACCGGGACACGGCCGAGCGGAUGAGUCGGAUCCAGGCCAGUUUCAAAGGGAACAAGGACGCGGUUCUGAACGAGCUCCUCAAGAGGGUCUGCGACAUCCAGCCCGAGUUCCACGCCAACUACCGGGUCCAGGGGUAGACCCGGGACCCGGACCGGGACCCGGACCGAGACCCAAGACCCGAGACCAGGAGAAGGACCAGGAUGUGACCAAAACAUGGGGGAUCUUUCCUCAGACCUGGUCUAGUCCUGGUUCAGUCCUAGUCUAGUCCUGGUCUAGUCCUGGUUCAGUCCUGGUUUAGUUCUGGUUUAGUCCUGGUUCAGUUCUGGUUGUGGACGUGUCGUGUUUUCAUUUGUGUUUUGUGAAAAAAUCCUAAAAAUUGUGUUUUUGUUUAUUUAUAAACUUUGUGUUUGGCUCUCGACCAAUCAGGAGCGAGUAUUGUGAACAUGUGACUCUUGACCAAUCAGGAGCGAGUAUUGUGAACAUGUGACUGUGAGGAAUAAAUGUAAAAAUAAAAAAGUUAAACCUCA